GUGUCGCUCGCGCUUGCAUUGCUUUUCGAAGCUCGCGCGCGAUCGGUCGCUCGUGCGUGCAAACAGACGUGCGUGCGUGCGUACGUGUGCGUACGGUGGCAGCUCGCGAGACAGCGCAACGCGUAAGAGAAAAAGAAAGAGAAUCUCUUUUUCGCGCUCUCUCGCGCGUUCUUUUUCUCUCUUUUUGACCAAUGUCAUCUCGUGAUCGGGGUAACUUCUUAUCGUGUGCGCGAGAAAACGACCGACUCCUCGAGAUCGAAUCUCCGCGGAAAAACGCGAGUGCCUCUCGUUUUCUAGUAUCGAUCGAUCCCGCGGCUUAUUUGAUUCAGAAUUAUAACGCCCGUUGAACUGUGAGAGAGAUCUCGAAAGCGGAGAAGAGACUGUGGGGAAAGGCGGAAGAGGUAAAGCGGAAAGUCUGUACGGGCGAAAGGAUCAAGAAGAGGUCAACCGGGGAGAAAGAUCACGUUCAGCUGGCGACGAUAAACUAGGUCGGAUUAACGCGCUUCCUUGAAUGUGGCGAUUACUUCUAUGGACACACUUUCUGCUGCUAACCGUGCUGCUAGCACCGGUGCAGAAGGUUGCAGCAUGCAGCUGUGCACAGGCCCACCCUCAAACCAAAUUUUGUGAAUCGGAUUUCGUCGCUGUGGUGAGGGUGAAAAAGGUGCUCCCCGUGAACGAGUACGAGAUCGCUUACAAGGUCAAGAUAAACAGGGUCUUCAAGUCCAACCCAAAAGCCGACGUGGCUCUGAUGCAAAACCUUUUACGGACUCCGUCCUCGGACUCGAUGUGCGGCGUGACACUAAAAGUCGGCGAAACGUACGUUCUCAACGGAAGAAUCGUCUCGGGACAAGCAUUCAUAUCGUUCUGCGGGCUCUCGAUAAGAUGGGCCGAUACGACCAGUAGGCAACGCAAAGGAUUACGACAACUCUAUCAACAGGGAUGCGUGUGCGACAUUCUGUAUACACACUGGAGGCGCAAGGGAGCCGUGCUAGAGUCCAGCGGCGGAAAACGCUGUCUGUGGGAGAGCACACCAGGCCCCCAGGAUUGCCAAGAAAAAUAUGGCGUGUGCAUGGCGGUACCCGGUGGCUGCUCUUGGAUACCCUCGGUCCCGUACAAAAAUUGCAUCAAAGAAUAUCAGCGUCAACGCGAUCAGCAGAGGUCGCGGGAACCUUAAUCGAUAGCGUGUUCUCGCGACGGCAACAGUUAAAUCUAUCAAUCUGUCGUAAAACGCGUGCCUGUUAAUUAAUUUAAUUGAACACGUCGAAGAUAAUUGAGUCAUUGAGAGGCAAAAUGGUAUAGUUUAAUGGUACUAGCUUAAUGGAAAAUUCAACGGUGUAUUAUUACACAGAGAGAUGCACGAGAUUAAAAAAAUCCGUUCCUUGUUUUUUUCCUUUUUGCAUUAUUUAUUAAAAACAAUAAUAUAUUUAACGGUAAAUUUCUUCUCUACUUGAUACUUUUAUACUAGUAUUUUUGAAUAUAAAAUUUGUUUAAGAAAAAUAAUAAUAUGUUAGAUUCUUUUCAAACGGAGAACAGCUUGGUAAACUUGUAAACACUUUACUUGAGCGACACAAUUAUGUAUGUCGAUUAUUAAUGAUAAUAUAUUAAUCUUCAUAUAUUAAUUUUUAUAGAUUUUUUAGAUUUUGAUGGACUUAUCGUUUGUUAAAUUACUUGUAAUUUAACAACAAAAUCAGGUAAUUUUUAUAAUUUUAUUAACUUGAGAUAUUUACUAUAACAAACAAAGUAGUUGAUUAUUGGUAGGUCUAACUGAUGUUAGUGCAAUCGAUUCUUAAUUAUUCGAUUAUUAUUAACGUGAGAUAAGUUUGCAGCGUUUAAGUAUUUACUGUGAAUAGGUCGUUGAUAGCCGAUGUGCGUUUUGUUACUGAAAUAUAUAUAAGCGACCUACUUUCACGGUUAUUCUGUCUUAGCAAGUUGUAUAUAUUAUAUUGUUAAUGUAUAUUGCGCAUCCCCUUAAAUUAUUCAACUAUCGUUUCGUUGUACGUAGAAUCUUAGACGUUAUAUAAAAUUUUACUCGUAUUUUAUUAUAUUUCGUAAUAUUUUUUUAUGUGCGUUUUUAGAUUUAAAUUAGAUUAUGACAUUGCAUAUAUAUUUGUUGUUUACACGGAUUAUUAUUUACGAUUGUCAGAUGAAAUCAAAAGCUUGGAAUGUUUGAAUUCAUAAUUUUAUAAUUUUAAACGUAAAAGAGAGAUUUUUUAAUUAUAUUGUAGGCACAUUUAACAUUUGAUUUCAAUCAUUGUUGUAUACAAUGGCAAUUUUUCUUUAAAUAAAAAUAUUUUAAGUGGAUUAAAAUUUAGAAUAAAAUCAGAAAAAUAUGCAAAAUUUUUAUAAAUUUUUGAUCGAAAGAAGAUCGAGAGAUGAAUUUUGUAUGUAUGUUUUAAUUUAAUUCUCUCUCUCUCUCUUAAAUGUAAUAAUUUUAUAAGUGUUAUAUGUGACAUGUAGAAUAAAAAUAAACGAAAACAAUUGUCCUUACAGGCAUGCUUUGAUUAAAAUAUGUUAUUUUAGACGAUAUUUUCCUGAUGAUGCAUUCUGUUUAUCGGGUAUAAUAUUUUUCUAACGAUGAUUGUUUGCGUUUUAAAAGAAAAAAUAAUGUGUUGAACAAAUAUUCAUCAAUUGAUUUUACUCACCAUUUCACGAUGAUAAGGAUAAUAACUCUGUUCGAUCAGGGGGAAGCUGUCUUUACCCAAACGACGUUGUAAACCCAGCAGGUGUGCAAAUACCCAUGGUUUGUCCUAUUUCGUAGAACACGUAGUAAUUAUUGAAAGGUUCGAUCAUAUAUUCCGUAUAAAAGGGAUAUGUAUGAUAAAAUCAAUAGAAAAGAUAUGUAUAGCAUUGGGUGCGGAAUUUUUCGCACAUAAAGAGCAUAUAUUUAAAUUUUUAUCAUUUUUAUCAUUAUCUUUAAAUAAUAAUGUCUGUAUUCCAAAUAUAGAAUAAAAACCUUGCACUUUUUUAUG